UAUCCGAUCAGACUACCCCACUUUCAUUCCCCAUGACAAUUCCGAUAUUCCCAUUUAACGUUUCAGUCUUGUAGGAGCCAUCCUCAUCAUUUCUCUCUCGAUCAACCGCCAAGACCAGCGGCCUCACUAAGCAAAAAAGCUCAAAGUUAGCACAAGGCGCAAAAAGUAGGAGGCGCGUCCGGUUUGUAAUUUAAUCAAAGCAACUUCUUGUCAUACGCUAAUUUCCACCCCCACCCACCUUAUCGGGCGGAAGGGCGUCGACGCACAGCAUUGGCAAUUUAAACAACAAGCGUAAAGCCAAGAGCAGACUAAAAAGAGACUCAACUCAGCACUUCUUUUCCAUCCUUCUUCCAUAUCUUCUAUCUGUCAUUUUCAUUCGGUUCUGUUCGGAAUAAAACAAACAUGUCAAGUCAUAGAGAUCAUCAUGGUGCUACUACUCCUCCGCUUCAUUCCAUACUCAAAAAGACUCAUCCUGCUUCUUUAAGUGGAACACCGCGAUCCAGAUCAAAAUCACCUUCUCAUAGCCGAGAUUCAUCGUACACCAACUCCGAAAUUAAUCUUACCGGAUUGCAAACUAACGUUCAUCCAUCCGAUGUAGGCCAUUCACCUUCUCAACCUAUUCAUCCGUCUCCAUUACGAACAGAAUCACAUACUGCAGGCGAUGAUACCGUUCAAGCAGUUGCACCAACAAAUCUUACACAAACCUCAUCUGCUGGUACUUCUUCGAAUCCGGCAUCAGUCACAUUCUCUGUGCCUAAUGAAGCAUCUUUAAGCGCCCCAGCUACCACUUCUACCGCACAACAAAACACACGCAAUGAAACUCCAUCAGCAUCACCGCUUCCAUCGAUCCUCAAAUUGCCAUCAUCUUCCAGGACAUCCAGUCGUAGAAGUAGCAUAUCACAAUCAAACGAACAUAAUCUCGCAAGUGGCAUCGAAGGAGAAGGAAGCGUGGAUACAAUCGCUCCCCCUCAUCAAUUACAACAUGCUUUACUACAACUUCCAGCCAAUGAUGAUUCCUCCCUCAGUCAGAUCUCAGGCGCAUCGUCUAUUCAAAGAUCUGCCUCUCCUUCACUAGCAUAUGAUCGUACCCGACUGGUAGGCGGUAAAGGCGGAUAUGGUGGUCGCAGAGGAGGACCUGCAUUGAACAAGAACAAAACCAGCUCAAGUGGAGGAUUGAGCGAUGUUGACGUUCGACCAAAUUAUGAACGUAAAGUUGGAUUUGAUACAAUGAUUGAUGCAGACGAUACGCCGAACGGAUACUUUACCUUUUGUUUGCAAGUCAAAUCUCGUGGUUAUUUGCGUACAAAGAAUACACGUACGUUCAUGUGUGCAGUUGAUGAUAACGGAUACAGUGAACGUGCUUUAGAGUGGCUGAUGGAGUCAUUGGUCAAUGAUGGCGAUGAGAUUGUGGCUCUGAGGGUAUUGGAAGGAGAUGCGGAAGAGAUCGAUCAAGAUGCUGCAAGGGAAGAUGCACGAGAGCUGAUGGCCAGUAUUGUGGAGCUCAAUGACGAAUUUGGAGAUCGAUCAAUUUCGAUCGUUGUUGAAUUCAUCGCAGGAAGGGUUACGGAUACGAUUUUGAAUGUGAUUUAUGUGUACAGACCUGACAGUAUCACUGUUGGUACACGUGGAAGGACGAUGUCAACAUUUCAAAAAAUGCUUGGAGGAUCGUUCAUUGGAAGUUGCAGUCGUGAUAUUUUGAACUUAUCACCCGUUCCUGUGGUUAUCGUUCGACCAGAAGCAAAAGUUAAGAAACAUUUGGCAAAAAGACAAAAUGAUCCUAAACGAAGAAGUUAUCAUGAUUUGGUUGCGCUUUCCAAGGAAUCUCACCUCCCCCUCAGCGUUGGACAUUCAAAAAGACAGUCUUUAUUAUCGGUUCCUCAUAAACAUUAGGUUGUUACUUUUAUAGAUUUUUCUG